CGGCACGGUGCGCAUCAGGCACCAGUUCAUCCUCGUCCACGACGAUACUAUGAUGGUGGUUGGCGGUCUCACACCUGUAACAGAUCAGGGAUUCAUCCCUCUGAGCCGCAACGGUGACUCGGCAAAGUUCGCCAACGGGAUCGGCCUCUUCGAUUUACGUACUCUUCGUGGCAGACAAAUUAUGUCAGAGCCUAUGGGAGCCUAAGGCAACAACCACGUGACCUGACCACAACACCAAGGAAUCUCUGUAUGAUAGAUUUAGACCUUAAGACAAU